AUGUUUAAGAAGGACAUAUCGUCAGCCCCGCCGCAGAAGCUCAAGACGUCGGUGCAGCGAUCGUUGCGGCAAUCGCUGCUGUCGACGUAUCCGCUGCUGGCGCCGUAUGCCGACGAGCUGCUGCCGAAGAAGGCGUCGCUGCAGUCGAUCAAGCUGCCUGAUCGUGCGGUCCUCUACGUGCUCGACCACGAGCCGCUCUUCUUCGAGUCCGGCAAGCCCGGUGACGUCCCGCUGCUGCCGCAUCUCCGUCUCGUCCACCGCUUCCCCCAGGCCUUUCCGAGCAUCCGCAUCGACCGUGGCGCGAUCCGGUACGUUCUCGGCGGCGCCACCCUCAUGGCUCCGGGCCUGACCAGCGCUGGUGGCCGCCUGCCGGCGCCGCAGGAAGGCCAGGCCGACGGCCACGAGGGCGUCGACGACGAGGGCCGCUGGAGCCGCGAGCUCGAAAAGGGCGAGCCCGUCGUGAUUACGGCCGAGGGCAAGCUCGAGGCCUGCGCCGUCGGUCUGCUCGUGGCUGGCACCAAAGAGGUCAAGGACAAGGGCAAGGGCCCCGUCGUCGAGGACGCGCACUUUCUCGGCGACGGGCUCUGGCGUCUGGGAAUGGACUGA